ACAAUCGUCUUUUACCCGGCGAUCGAUCCGUGGCAUGGCUCGCCGACUCUGCCGUCUCCCUCGCCUCCUCCUCCCCCUCGCCGCCGCCCCCAAGCCCCAGCCCCGCCUCCCCGCCCUAAACCCAAGCCCCGCCGCGCGCCUCCGCCCCUCCUCCUCCUCCUCCCCGACGCCGACGCUCCCCACCUUCCCUCGCCUCUUCUCCUCGUCGUCCGCAGGCGAUUCCAGCAGCAUGGUGGUCGUCGACUCGGCGGACUCGUUCGAGGACAUCCACUCCAAGGUGCAAGUGGAGAAGCUCCCCGCCGUCUUCUACUACACGGCGGUCUGGUGCGGCCCGUGUCGGGCGAUGGCACCUGUGAUCGAGAAGAUGAGCAGGCAGUACCCCAAGAUACCUGUCUACAAGGUCGACAUCGACAUUGAGGGGCUUGGGAACAGACUUAGUAAUCUGAAAAUAUGCUCUAUUCCAACUUUCCACUUCUAUCACAAAGGCGAGAAGAGCAGCGAAGUGGUUGGUGCUGACGUGAAGAAGCUUGAAGCUGCCAUGGAAAGUCUUCACAAGCAACAGUGACUGACUUGGACGGGGGGACAGUUCUUUUGCAUGAAGAGUUGAAUACGCUGUAAUGUUGUGAUUUGAAUCGGCGUUUUUGAUGCCUUUCGACCUUGUUUAGAUAUCUCGAUACAUCUUAUCUGAAAAACAUCGAAAUCUGAAUUAAUGCCCUUGUGAGCACAGCUUUUGUCCAAUUUAUGCACGUGUAUUUAGGAGCA